AUGCGCUUCCUGUUCCUGUUGGUUGCGGUCGCCCUCGCCUCCGCUGAGGCUGCUGAAUCGGCUGCUAUGAUCCAUGAGGAGGCCGGCGUCUCUAGUUUCAACACUCUGACUGGCGGCAACCAGAUCCAGCGCUCCUUGCGUGUUUAUCUCGGCGCGAAUGAAGAGAGAGGUGUUGGUGGUGUGAAACUAGAAAACAUUCUUACGAUCUUUGUACAAAGGGCCAAAGCAAAACUUCCACAAGGCUUCACCGCUGCAGCUCUCGGGAAUUGGAAGGGCUUCUCACGUCGCGUGGAUACUGUCAUGGAACAUUACCCUAAAGGUCUCAGCGAGAAGGCAAUAAAGGAGUUGAGGACCGCUGAAACGAAGAGAUUCACAGACUACGCUAUGCUUGGGCCAUCGGACAAGUAUAAUCUGCUCCGACCAAUGCAAGGUGUUGAUGAGGCGAUGAUAGCUCCAAACCUGGUAUCUUUGACGGGUCGCAAAAAUCAAGUGCUUGGGGACGCUGGCGGUCGUAGCGUGGUAUGCAAUGUGGUCAUGAGGUCCGAGGCCGAAGGCGGCGGCAUUCUUCUCAUUUCGAGCUCAAAACUUGACAAGCAAGACUUUAUUUUGCCCAAGGGGGGGCUGGAGAAAGGUGAAAUAGCUUAUGGGGCGGCGAAGCGUGAGGUCCUGGAAGAAGGAGGGGUACGGUAUCGUUCAGACAUUUUUAUUUUUUACAGGUGGUCAGUAUUAACGCUUGUGAUGGCUCUGCAGGUUAAAGUCAAGAAGUUAAAGGAGUUGGGGGUCACGCUAGUGGGUGACAAGACUUACGAAUCCUUCUUGAUGAGAAGCAAAAAGGUCUACGAACAGUGGUCGGAGAGCAGACGCUUGCGCGUUUGGGUACGUGAGUGUCAAUCGAUCGAGAUUCCUGGGGAAACGCAGCUAACAGUACGAUUGUUGUUUAAUUAG